GGAAGGAGCCAAUACGGUAGUUAAUUGUGCAAAAAAUGAUAACGAGCAGUUUGAGCAGCAACUGCAGCUGUGUGAUUUCGAGCACAAAAAAUACACAGCAAAAGCUGAGCAGCCAAAUUUGCUGCGAUUACUCUUCGGUAGCAAACACCAAGAAGAAGGCAGCAAUCAUGGAGGAUGCAUCAAACCCUUUCCAAUUUCUGACCAAGAAGCCUUAUCAGCCUCCUACUUGGGCUUCUUCUCUCAGCCCCGUCCCCUCUGACGUCUUUUCCCUCGGAAACUUUCCUACUCCAAUUCACAUAUGGAACUUGCCCAAUCUGCCUACAAACACCGAGGUCUGGUUGAAGCGUGAUGAUCUUUCAGGAAUGCAGUUGAGUGGUAACAAGGUGAGGAAACUGGAAUUCUUGAUGGCAGAUGCUGUGGCACAGGGAGCAGACUGCAUUAUCACUUUAGGCGGCAUUCAAAGUAAUCAUUGCCGUGCUACUGCUGUUGCUGCCAAGUAUUUGAACCUUGACUGUUAUCUUAUACUGCGAACUUCCAAGGUCCUUGUGGAUAAAGAUCCAGGAUUGACAGGGAAUCUCCUUGUUGAGCGCUUAGUUGGAGCUCACAUUGAUCUUGUUUCAAAAGAAGAAUAUGCAAAAGUUGGCAGUGUGGCUCUUGCUAACAUAUUGAAAGAAAAAUUGUUGCACGAAGGGAGAAAGCCCUAUGUCAUACCUGUUGGAGGAUCCAAUUCUUUAGGAACUUGGGGCUAUAUUGAAGCUAUUAGAGAGAUUGAACAGCAGCUUCAGGAUACCGCUUUUGAACAAAAAUUUGAUGACAUAGUAGUAGCAUGUGGCAGUGGGGGUACAAUUGCUGGAUUAUCUAUUGGAUCGUGGCUUAGUGGCUUGAAGGCAAAAGUUCAUGCACUCUGCGUUUGUGAUGAUCCUGAAUACUUUUACGAAUACGUUCAAGGGCUACUUGAUGGACUCAAUGCAGGGAUUAGCUCACAUGAUAUUGUCAGCAUCCAAAAUGCCAAAGGUCUUGGGUAUGCUAUGAACACUAGCGAGGAACUUAAAUUUGUGAAAGAAAUUGCUGAAACCACUGGUGUAAUUCUUGACCCUGUUUACAGCGGGAAAGCAGCAUAUGGGAUGAUGAAAGAUAUGACUGAGAAUCCAAAAAAAUGGGAAGGGAGAAAGAUUCUUUUUAUACAUACGGGUGGACUGCUGGGGUUAUUUGACAAAUCAGAGGAAAUGGCAUCACUGGUGGGGAAUUGGCGCAAAAUGGAUAUCCAUGAAUCUGUCCCUCGAAGGGAUGGCACUGGUAAAAUGUUCUAAUU